ACCGCCCGCUGAGCCUUGUGACGCAGCCGCGCGCGGGGGAUGGGGAGUGGCUGCCCAGCGCCGGGCCCGCCCUCUUCAGCUGCCGCCGCGGGAAUGGAAACAUCACCCCCACGUGCCGGAAACCAGCUUUCGGCGAUGACGGCGCGCCACUCCGUGUCGUACCGUACCGAGCCCCAGGAGGUGUCAUCGCGAGAACAGCUCGCAGAAAUGGCCGCGUCCAGUCAAGGAAACUUUGAGGGGAAUUUUGAGUCACUGGACCUUGCAGAAUAUGCUAAAAAGCAGCCAUGGUGGCGUAAGUUGUUCGGGCAGGAAUCUGGGCCCUCCGUUGAAAAGUAUAGCGUGGCGACCCAGCUAUUAAUUGGAGGUGUCACUGGAUGGUGCACGGGUUUCAUAUUCCAGAAGGUUGGCAAGUUGGCUGCGACAGCUGUGGGUGGUGGAUUUUUCCUCCUUCAGCUUGCAAACCACACCGGGUACAUCAAAGUCGACUGGCAGCGCGUAGAGAAGGACAUGAAAAAAGCCAAGGAACAGCUGAAGAUCCGCAAAGGCAGCCAGUUACCUACGGAGAUGAAGAGCAAGGCGGAGGAGGUGGUGUUAUUUGUGAAGAAGAAUGUUCUAGUGACUGGUGGCUUUUUCGGAGGCUUUCUGCUUGGCAUGGCAUCCUAAGGAGGAUGACUUCACUUCCAUUAUUCCUGGUGUUUCCAGCUAGCAGCCUCCUCACUCCACUAGAGGACAUCGAACCUCCUCCUCCUCCUCUCCUGUGCCUUCCUCCCUGCUGUGGCGCAUCCGAAUGGCUUCUGUAGGCGUCCGUUGGUGCAAGUCAAUACGGCCCAGCCGUGAGCUUGACCGUGAUGGAAGACACGAUAGACAUUAGCUCUCCUCCCAGAACACUCCUCACCUGACUAGUCUGUAGGUCAGCAAGAACGUUCCUUUCCCUCUGUAAGAUACCGGAACAUGGCGCAAGAUGACUCGCCACGGAGGACGAAUGGACCCUCAAAGGUCGUCGCAAACUUGGUUUGGAAAAGAACAGGUGCAUAGAUACCUUACUGUGUGUUACAUGGAAAGGAACGGAAUACAUUUGCCUUUAAGCAUGAAAGAUUUUGGUAUCUUGGUGUCUACUUUCUUUUUUAGUUGGUUUUAGAUUACGGAAACAGACAUCUAUACCCGCUACGAUUAUCCUGACAAAAAUGGCAGCAUAAGCACUAUGAUUGAAAAUAUGACUAAAGAAUGAACUUGUGUUAAAGGCGUACACACCAAGCUGAAGGUAUCACGUUUGGUGGGAAGGUCUUUUAGGGAAAUCAGCCAAUAGGUCAUUCGAUGAUCAGACUUAAUGAAUCAUUUAGGGCAGCGGUCCCCAACCUUUGUGGCAUCAGAGACCGGUGUUCCUAUGAGCAUCUAAUGCCUGAUGGUCUGAGGCGGAGCUGAGGCGGUGAUGCUGGCGCUGGGGAGCGGCUGCAAAUACAGAUCAAGCUUCGCUUGCUUACCCGCUGCUCUGCUCCUGGUGUGCGGCCCUGUUCCUCACAGGCCACCAAAUGGUACCGGUCUGCGGCCUGGGGGUCGGGGACCCCUGAUUUAGAAGCAUUAACAUAUUAUCUAGGUUUUUUUUCCCCACCAUCCAGGAUGAUGCAUCUCAUGGCAAUUCCCAAAGGGUUUAUUUAUGGUAAAAUAAGUGACUUCAGCUGGGAGAAGGGAAAAGCUCUUGGAUUUUUAUUUCAUACAAAAGGUUUAAGCUUUGAAAUGUGAGGUAAUCUUCUUGUCAAAACAUCAGGGGUGGUCAUAGCCCCUCUGUGCCAAUUCUAGUAUUUCUUUAUCCACUUAGUAUGAAAUAAAACAUUUAAACCAGAGUUUUCAAGAGGUAGCGUUCUGGGUAUUGAGAAUGGUGGCGAUAGCGCAUGGGAAGUAAAUUACAGCAUCAAAUGUGAUCUGCCGUCUCAUGAUGAGCCUCACUCUUAGAAUUAUUCUUAAAAGUUUAUAGACACACAUACGCUCAGAGUCUUCGCACAUUUUGCUGUAAUGGCCUGCUACCAUGUCUGCAGCCCCAUCUAGAAUGUCUGCUUCCGGAGAGCGAGGUUGUGUGAGCACUUAACAGGUAUCAGUGUUUGUUGAAUAAUGACCUCAUACAAAGGUCCCUGGAGAUGGGACUGAUCCAAAGAAUCGAGACACUAUGAGUUUUGAGAAUGCAGAAAACUCGGAAUUAAUUCCAAAACUUGCAGGUGAUCCCUUGCAAAAUGUAUGAUUUUUAGGCCUUCCUUUUAAAAUGUUUACCUUUUAAUUUAUCUUGGGAAUGAUGUAUUGAAUGUGGAAAUUGUAACUACCAUGUGUGGAACUUUUUAGACUUCAUUUGCAUUUUUAAGGCAACAUUAUUUUGCUUGCAAUGUGUAUGACUCGUCCCCAAUUAUAAUGCUAUGAGCCUCUUUGUUGCAUAUUUUUUUGUACAAGAACUUAAAAAUAUUUUCACUUUUUAUUAUGGAAACUUUCAUACAUAUGGAAAAGUAGAGAAAACAGUACAAUGACUCCCUGUGUAUUCAUCACUAACUUACAACGGUCAUCAAAUUAUUUCUCGUUUUAUGAAUUAUUUUGAAACAAAUACCAAAUGUGUCAUUUUCUCAUAUUUCAAUAUGUAUCUCAUAAAGGUCAAUACCCUAUUAUACGAACAAUUAAUAAUUCUUUAAUAUCAAAUAUCUAGUUAGUGUUCAGAAUUUCCUGUCUCUUAAGUUUUACAUUUGGUUUGUUUGAAUCUUAAUCCAUGUAAGGUCCCCAUUGCAUUUGGAUGAUAUGUCUCUUAAGUCUGCGUCUUGUACUUUUUAUUUUGGCUUCCAAUAUAUUUACUGAAGACACUGA